AUGAUCAAGCUGUUGUUUGAACGAAAUUUAGUCUCAGAUCCGGUAGCGGUUGUGCAAUCCGCUGCUGCACGUGGUCAUUUACAUUUGAUUCAAUGGCUUAUUGAGAAAAAAAGGAUCACAAAUACUGGGGGAUCGUUCUAUCUUGCAGCAGAAAAUGGUCAAUUGGAUGUACUUAAGUAUCUACAUGCGAAAAAACUUCAUGCAGAGUCCGAUCAAUUUGCAUUGGAUGCAGCUGCAAGUUCUGGAUCGCUUCAAGUUGUACAAUGGUUACACUACAAUACUCAAGCACAUUGUACUAGUCAUGCAAUGGAUGUUGCUGCUGGAAUGGGAAAUUUGGAAAUGGUUCAGUGGUUGCAUCAUAGACGAACUGAAGGCUGUAGUUCGUUGGCAAUGCACUUUGCAGCACAGAAUGGACAUCUUGAGACUGUUAAAUGGCUUCAUGUUAAUCGAAAAGAAGCAUUUGAACUUGGUGGUGUGAUGGAUUCAGCAGCUGCAUACGGUGAUUUGCGUCUCUUGCAAUGGUUUCAUGAAAUUCGUGACGGAGGCUGUACAACUGCAGCCAUGGAUCGAGCUGCUGCAAAUGGUUUUCUCUCUAUAGUCCAGUGGCUGCACGAACAUCGUACAGAAGGGUGUACACAAAUGGCAAUGAAUGAAGCAGCCAAGAAUGGCCAUUUGGACAUCGUGACAUGGCUACACUGUAAUCGAAAUGAAGGAUGUACUACAAUGGCAAUUGACAGAGCAGCUGCGAAUAGCCAUUUGGAAAUAGUGAAAUGGCUGCGUUGCCAUUGUAAAUUACGAUGUACUCCUUUGGCCCUCGAGUUACUGUUUAGUAAUUCGAGACGUUUAAAUACUGCUGUAUUUCUUUACUCUGAAUUUCCCGAAUGUCGUUCAUUUCGGUUAAGACACGAGUUUGAUGUUGCAUGGCUUGAAAUCCUACAGUGGCUACUUGAUCGCACUCCUGGUGCAUUAGAUGGAUGUACAUUGAAAGCAAAAUCAUGGAAUUGGCACGUUUGUGAUUGGCUUAAGGAUAAUGGUUGGCGACUUGUAAGCAAUGACGACGUAUUUUCUUUCUGGAAACGGUCAUGA